CCAGUUCAUCCGCUGGAAAGAAGCGCUGGCCAGGUGCGGGAGUACAUUGUUUCGCUGAUGCGUGGAGAUCGAAAAUUCGAGCCGCAUUGCUAUACGUGGUCCAGAGCGACAAGUCCUGACAAGCCGAACGUAGUGCCGAGUUCUUCUGACAAUCGGAUAAUUGGUUGUAAUCCUGAACAAAUGUAUAUCAAUUAUAUGUGGGUCAGAAAAGGGCAGAUGAAACGAUGCGGAUGCGGAUAUUGGUUUAAACUAGUUGAUGAACCGAAAGUAGAAGGCCCUCGUGUUUGA